AUGGGAAAAGAUAAAGCCAAGGCCCCCAAAAAGGGUGAUGCUGGUGGUAGUAGCGGCAACAGUGGAAAAAAAACAAAAGACACAUCUGGUGGCUCUGGCUACACGAAAGUAAAAGUACGCCAUAUUCUCUGUGAAAAACACGGCCGCGCGAUGGAGGCAUUAACAAAAAUCAACGAAGGGGCGAAUUUCGCCGAUGUGGCGCGGGAGUACAGUGAAGAUAAGGCCCGCAGCGGUGGAGAUCUCGGCUGGAAAAUGCGGGGAGAAAUGGUGGGGCCCUUUCAGGAGGCCGCGUUUGCAUUGCCAAAGGGUGGAAUGACACCGGAGCCGGUGAAAACGCAGUUUGGAUAUCACAUUAUUCUCGUUGAGGAUAAACAGUGA